AUGGAGUCCCCUCUGUGUUUUGCCUUCGUUUUCCCCAUGGCCUCUGGCCAUAUCAAUCCCUCUCUGCCCAUUGCAAGAGCCCUGGGGAGUCUUGGGCAUGAGGUUCAUUACCUCUGCCGGGAGCAGAUGAGAGAGGCCAUCGAAGAUACCGGCGCCGAGUUCAGCAACGAGGUUUCGGAGUGCCCAGAGCUGUACGAGGGCCGGGUGCCGGAGAUGUUCGGUGCAAACGCAUCGUUGAAGCAGGAGUACAACCUCGAGGAUGAUUCGAUGAUGACGGCAUACUUCAAAUUGCUGCCUAUCUCGCUGGAGCUACAGCUGCCAGGCGUGCUGCGCUGGAUGCGGCGAGUUCGGCCGCACCUGACCGUCUUUUGCCCCUUGAUCAGCAAGGAGGCCUUCUACGCCGCCAAGAUUUUGGGCAUCCCGACAGUUCCCCUCCUCACUUCCGCUGGCCCCGGCAGUGUGGAUGCCAUGGUGGGGCACUUGCUGGGCGGCCUCACCAUCGAGGAGACCAUCGAGCCGGCAAAGCGUUUCCAGCCUUUUGGGGAGGCCGCGGAGCGCCUUGAAAGUGCCUACGGGGUGCAGAUGCUGAACCUCAUGGAUUUGAUCCUCCGGUCCCAGGGCGCCGUGGAUUCGAUCUCGCAGAGCGUCCUGACCCUGGUGACUACUUGCGAGGACAUGCAGGUUCCAAUGCCUGCCGAGCUUGCGGCCAUCUACCGCGAGUCCAACACCCGUUUCGCAUUCGUCGGCCCGCUCUUAGACCAGGCUGGCGCCGUUCGCGCUGGAGGGUACAAGUAUCUGGAGCAAGAGGAGCCAGGAUCCUGUUCGGCACGGCCAGAUCCCAUGCAGGAGCUGCAGAAAGCCCGGGCAGCCGGGCGCCGAGUGGUCCUGGCCAGCAUGGGCACCGCCAUCACGGGAGACAGCCCAGACUUUGGUUGGGCCGUGAAGUGCACGGACUCGCAGCGGAAAGGUCUCACAGGGAAGCAGCAGUGCCAAGCUGCAUGGCAGGGCUUGUUCGACGCCUUUGGCGCGAAGGAUGCCUCGGAUGCCUCGUCGCCGCUGAUUCUUCUGGCCCUGGGUCCCCAGCCCGAUGCCCUGGACUCCCUGGAGGUGCCGGCCAAUGCCCUGUGCGCCCCCACGGUGCCCCAGGUAGAUCUGCUGAGGGCCGGCGUGGAGGUGUUCCUGACCCACGGUGGACAGAACAGUUUCAUGGAGUCCUUGGCGGCCGGGGUUCCGAUGGUCGUCUGCCCGGGCUUUGCCGACCAGCCGCAGAACGCCCAGCAGGCCGUGGACAUGGGCGUGGCUAUGCAGGUGCCAAAGCCGGUGCCGGCCGAAGGAGAUGAUAUGAUGGAAGCUGCGGCAGCCUACAGUUCCGAGGUGUCGGCGGCCUUGCUGCGCGUCACCGAGAAGACGAGAUUUGCAGCUGCGGCGGCGCGGUGUCGCCAACAGAUCCAGAAGGCGGGAGGUGUGCAGCAUGCUGUGAAGCUGCUGCUGGAGGCCGCGACGGCCACGUCUCCCUCUCUGCCGACGCUGUUGGAGCGGAUGGUGGAGGAUAGCUUUCCAGCGACGAAGGAAUGCAAGGUGCACACCCUGUAG